GUGGGUCCGGAUAAAGAGGGGUACAGUGAGCACCAUGAGGGCGAUCGUUGCAGCACUGGUGUUGGCCGUGGCGGCUGCCUCGGUGGUCAAGGAUGACUACAAAGACUUCAUUAUCACCAAAGAGCCUAUGAUAAACCUGGACGUGAAGACCAAGGAGGUAUGCAUCCUGAAGCUGCUGAACCACAUCCUGCAGCCGACCAUGUACGAUGACAUCCGCGAUAUCGCCCGCGAGUUCGUGCUCGAGGAUAACAUGGACAAAUUCCUGAAAGCUGAGGUAAUCAAGGACUUCAUCAGCUUGUACAAGCUGGGUAUGCUUCCCCGCGGCGAGAUCUUCGUCAACACCGACGAGAAACAGCUGAAGGAAGCCAUCGCUGUCUUCCGCAUCUUGUACUUCGCCAAGGACUUUGACACCUUCAUCAAGACCGCCUGCUGGCUCCGCGAGAGGAUCAACAGUGGCAUGUUUGUCUACUGCUUGAACGUAGCAGUAGUCCACAGAGUCGACUGCAAUGGCAUUGUCCUUCCUGCCCCUUACGAAGUUUACCCCUUCCUGUUCGUCGACAGCCACAUCAUCAAGAAGGUUCACAUGCUGAAGAUGACCAAGGGAUGGCUCGACCCUAUCCUUAAGGACUACUACGGCAUCGUAAUCAAGGACAAUAAUCUCGUUAUCGUCGACUGGCGUAAAGGAGUGCGUCACACUCUAACCAAAGACGACCGUCUCACAUACUUCACUGAAGACAUUGAUCUUAGUACCUACUUGUACAACAUGCACUUGAUGUACCCUACCUGGAUGAUUGAUGAUAUUUAUAACGUGAACAAGGAGCGACGUGGUGAGGUCAUGGCGUACAUGAACUUCCAACUGCUGGCUAGGUACAGACUGGAGCGUCUGGGCUGGAUGAUGUGCGACGUCAAGCCUCUGUUGUUCGACAAAUGCAUCAAGAAGGGAGUCUGGCCCAAGAUCAUGCUCCACACCGGCGACGAGAUGCCUGUCCGUAUGAACAACGUUGACAUCAUGACUGAUGAAAAUGCGAAAAUUAAGCUGAUGAUCGAUGACAUCGAUAUGAUGAUCCGUCAUGCUAUUAUGACUGGACACAUUACCCUGCGCGACGGCACCGUCCUCACUCUGAGGAAGGCCGAGGACUUCGAGACCCUCGCCAGGUUGGUGUUGGGCAGCACUGGCCUGAAAAACGACGAUGCUAAGAUUGCGAACCUGGUCACCUUGUUCAGAAAGAUGCUCGGCUACGGAUUGUACAAUAUAAACAAAUACACGUACGUGCCCACCGCUCUAGAUAUGUACAGGACUUGCCUGCGUGACCCGGUCUACUGGAAGCUCAUGAAGCGCAUUACUGACUACUUCGUCACGUACAAGAGGCUUCUGCCCAAAUAUACUCGCGAAGAGCUGUCCUUCCCAGGAAUCAAGGUUGAGCACAUUGAAACCGACAAACUGGUUACUUUCAUGGACGAAUUCGACCUCGACAUCACCAACUCAGUCUACUUGGACCAGAGCGAGAUGCAGAAACGCCGUUCCGACAUGGUCUAUGUCGCCAGGAUGCGUCGCCUCAACCACCACCCCUUCAAGGUCUCAAUUGACGUUGUCUCCGACAAAGCUACUGACGCCGUUGUACGCGUCUUCCUUGGACCGAAAUACGACUGCAUGGGCCGUCUCUUGGACAUCAACGACAAGCGUCUCGACAUGGUUGAAAUCGACAGCUUUGUUCACAAACUGGACACUGGAAAGAACACGAUCGUGCGCAACUCCGUGGAGAUGCACGGCAUCAUCGAACAGAGGCCUUGGACUAGAACUAUGUGGCACCGCGCUUCUGACAUGUCUGGCACCGGCGUGACUAACAUCGACAGCUGGUGGUACAAGAGCCGCAUUGGCUUCCCUCACAGACUUCUGCUGCCGCUCGGCCGUGCCGGCGGCUUCGACCUCCAACUAUUCGUUAUCGUCACCCCUGUCCGGAUGGGUCUGGUUCUUCCCACAGUCGAUUUGGACACGAUGAAGAUGCGCAAGAUAUGCCCAUGGACCACUUGUGUGGACACCAUGCCUCUCGGCUUCCCCUUCGACAGGCCGAUCGAUGAGAGGGUGUUCUACAACACCAACGUGAAGUUCCUUGACGUUAAGAUCUUCAGGAAGGAUUUAGUCAACACCAACGUUGCUAAGGACAUCGACUUGUCCGAGAUGAUCAUGAGACGUGACGACCUGACCUUCUUGGACAAGGACAUGCUGAUGAGGCGCUCGUACAGGGACGUUAUGUUAAUGAGUGUCGACAAUAUGUCACAUUUGUGAACAUAAAUCUUAAUAUAUAUAAUUAUUAUGUUAAAAGUUAAUUAAACGCAUUUAGAAAUA